CUUUAUUUUUCCACCAUGGCUGACCCCUACUCAAAUUUCUUCACAGGUCUCUUCAAAUUCAACCCUAUCCACCAUUACCCACCUUCAAACUCAAACCCUCCUCCCCACCCUCCUCCUCCUCCUUUUGCUCACAACUUCUUCAUCAACUACCAAACCCCUCCCCCCUCCCCUCCCCUCAAGGAAGCUCUCCCCCUCCUCACCUUGAGCCCCACAAGACAAGAGCAGCAGCAGCAGCAGCAAGAUAGACAAGAGUAUUGGAGGAGUAGUAGUAGUACUAGUACUGCCAUGGAUGUCGACAAGAUGAUGAUCAGCAAGCAAAUUACAGAAGAAGAUGAUGAUGAUGGUGAUGAUGACGAGGCGGCGGCUGUCACUGUCGCACUCCACAUAGGAUUGCCUAGCCCUAGUGCUGCUGAGAUGGCUUCUGUUCUCUCUGCUUCUUCCUCAGAGAUCGCUGAUAAAGAUCAUGGAGAUGGUGAUGAUUCUUCCGCCGGAUAUUCCGUCAACAGGCUCAACAAGGCCGGUCCGUAUUGGAUCCCCACCCCUUCUCAGAUUCUCAUUGGCCCAACACAAUUCUCUUGCCCUGUUUGUUGCAAGACCUUCAACAGAUAUAACAACAUGCAGAUGCAUAUGUGGGGGCAUGGUUCACAGUAUAGAAAAGGGCCUGAAUCUCUGAGGGGAACCCAACCAACUGGGAUGCUGAGGCUGCCUUGUUAUUGCUGUGCAGCGGGGUGCAGGAACAACAUAGAUCAUCCGAGAGCAAAGCCGCUAAAAGAUUUUAGAACUCUUCAGACACAUUACAAGAGGAAGCAUGGGAUUAAACCCUUCAUGUGCAGAAAAUGUGGCAAGGCAUUUGCGGUGAGGGGGGAUUGGAGAACCCAUGAGAAAAACUGUGGGAAGCUUUGGUAUUGCAUUUGUGGGUCUGAUUUCAAGCACAAGAGAUCUCUUAAAGACCAUAUAAAGGCAUUUGGAAGCGGCCAUGCAGCAUAUGGCAUCGAUGCUUUUGAAGAGGAAGAUGAACCGGCAUCCGAAGUAGAGCAAGAUAAUGAGUCAAUGCAGUGAUAUUAAAAAGCAAAUUGGUAAAAAGUUUAAUUAUCACCUCAUUUCCAUUAUUAUAUAUAUAUCCCCCUGGCUUUCUUUCUCAAAACUGUAGUAUAUAUGCAUCACUUUACUUGGAGAGCCAAAUUUUUUGUUUUUUUUUUUUUUAUCCUGUUUCUUUUCUCAUUUCUCUUUAGCAUUGUAGGAUCCAAACACAUCCAUUCGUAGGCCAAGCUUUUGUAAAUCCAUUUUCCUUAUGUUGAUCUCUUGACUUCUAGCUACC